AUGGUGUUCAUUGCAGUUGGAGAAGAAGACACAGAAAAUGAAAAUGAAAAGAAAAUCUGGUACUACAGCACAAAGGUCCAGCUUGCAGAAUUAAUAGAGUGUCUAGACAAAGAUUACUGGGAAGCAGAACUUUGCAAAGUGCUAGAAGAAAUGCGCGAAGAAAUCCACCGGCACAUGGCCAUCACGGAGGACCUGACCAAUAAGGCCCGGGGCAGCAACAAGUCGUUUCUGGCGGCUGCUAACGAAGAAAUUUUGGAUUCCUUAAGAGCCAAAAAAGGAGACAUUGAUGAUGAUAAAAGCCUAGAAGAAACAGAAAAAGAGAAGAAUGAAAUUGAGACUAACAACUCUAAAGAUGCUGAAAAAAACAGAGAGGAGUUGGAAGACCAAUCCCUUGAGAAGGACAGUGAGGACACAGCACCAGAUGAUGGUCCUGAGCAGGGAAAAGCCGAGGAGCCAACAGAAGUUGGGGAUAAAAGUAACUCUGUGUCAGCAAAUCUUGGCGACAACACAACAAAUGCUUCUUCAGAAGAGACUAGUCCCUGUGAAGGGAGGAGCCCCGAGGGUUGUCUCUCAGAAACCCAUGAUAGCAGCAACAUGGCAGAGAAGAAGGUGGCAUCCGAGCUCCCCCAGGAUGUGUCAGAAGACCCUAACAAGACAUGUGACAGCAGUAACACUAGUGCUACCACUACCUCCAUCCAGCCUAAUCUGGAAAUCAGUAACAGCAGCAGUGAACUAAAUUCUUCCCAGAGUGAAUCUGCUAAGGCAGCUGAUGAUCCUGAAAGUGGAGAAAGAGAGCCCCAUACACCUGUCUCUGUUCAAGAAGAGAUAGGUGAUUUCAGAUUGGAGAAGUCUAACGGGGAAAUAAGUGAGUCUCCUGGACCUGGAAGAGGAACAUCUGGCUCAACUCGCAUCAUCACCAGACUGCGGAAUCCAGAUAGCAAACUUAGCCAGCUGAAGAGCCAGCAGGUGGCAGCUGCAGCCCAUGAAGCCAAUAAGUUAUUUAAGGAGGGCAAAGAGAAUUGGUUUGUGGGGAGAGUUUGGGAGAGUUUGGAUCUGUACACGAGAGAAGCCCUAGAAUACUGUAAGGUCAGUUUUAUGGGUGAUUCUGGGGAGAACUCAGAAGACCAGAGUGCCAACAGAAAUGCAGACAGUAAAGACUGUGCUUCAGACAAGUACUGA